GUAAUGUUGUCUCUGUAGCUGGAAUACACACAGAGGUUAUGGGGAGUUUUCAGACUGAUGAAAAGGGCGCAGGCUGAUUAAGAUAUAAAUAGCCGUUCAUGGGACACAUCUCUGCCAGUACACAAGUGGAGGGCUGUGCGUUGUUUGCCUUUGAACACAACGCUCCACAGAAUGACAGGAGAUAGCUUUUAUAUUCACCACAAGAUGUCUGGGAAUGAAUCCGCAACUAUAUGAUGCAGCGACUUCCUAUUCAUUUUCUCAUGGAUUACACAAGGACCUUGACCUUGUGUACGCAAUUGAUGUUUGCAGUUUGGAGAUUGCAGCGUCGGAACCAUGUUCUCCACGGCCACUUCAUACAAGAACCAGCAUUACUCGGAGCUGAAGAAGGAAUGUCUGGAGGACAAGAAACUGUUUGAGGAUCCAGAGUUUCCAGUUACCAACGCAUCCCUGUUUUACAGGAAACCACCUCCUGGUAUCGUGGAGUGGAAGAGACCAAGGGAAAUCAGCGACGAGCCUCAUCUGUUUGUGGAGGGCAUCAGCUCCCAUGACCUGAACCAGGGCCUUGUGGGUAACUGCUGGUUUGUGGCGGCGUGCUCCUGCUUGGCACUGAAACCAGACCUCUGGCAGAAGGUCAUCCCCGACUGGAAGGAGCAGGAGUGGGACUCUCAGCACCCGGAGAACUAUGCUGGUAUCUUCCACUUCCAGUUCUGGGUGUUUGGGGAGUGGGUGGAUGUGGUGGUGGAUGACCGCCUGCCCACCAUCAACAGAGAGCUCAUCUACUGCCACUCCAAAGUCAACAGCGAGUUCUGGAGUGCCCUGCUUGAAAAAGCCUAUGCUAAGCUCUCUGGCUGCUAUGAGUCGCUGGACGGGGGCAACACUGGUGAUGCGGUUGUUGAUUUCAGUGGAGCCGUGACAGAAGCCAUUAACUUGGAGGCUGAAGUUUUCCACAAAGACCAGGAGAAAAUGGACAACCUGUUUGAGGACUUGCUCAAAGUCUACGACAGGGGUGGAAUCAUCAGCUGCUCCAUCAAGGCAUCUCCUUCUGAAAUCGAGGCUUGGAUGGCGUGUGGGCUAGUGAAGGGCCAUGCCUACUCAGUGACUGCAGUGAAGAAGGUACAGUUAGGCCACGGUCUGAUGGCCUACUUCCAGAACAAGACCAUCCCCCUGAUCCGCAUGAGAAACCCCUGGGGAAAGACUGAGUGGAACGGAGCCUGGAGUGACAGCUCAGCAGAAUGGGAAAGGGUUGGCAGCAUGGAGAGGGCUAAGCUUGGCAUCACAGUAGAAAACGAUGGGGAAUUCUGGAUGGCGUUUACAGACUGGUGUAAGUACUUCACGGAUGCAGACGUGUGUCAUCUCAUCAACACCUCUCUGCUCACCAUCCACAAGACAUGGCACGAAGUGGUGCAUUUCGGGAGUUGGACCAAGCAUUCAGACCCCCUGCACAACCGCUGUGGCGGCUGCAUGAACUACAAACAGACCUUCCUACAGAACCCCCAGUACCUGUUUGACAUUACCAAGGAGGUGGACGAGGUUCUGAUCUCCCUACAGCAGAGAGACAUGAAGAUCCACAGACGUAUCGGCCAAGGAGAGAACCUCACCCUCGGCUUCGCCGUCUUCAAGGUGGAACUGAACAGAAAGUACCGCAUGCAUAACAUUAUCACCCAGAUGAACGUGCAAAUGUCAAAGUACAUCAACGCCCGCACGGUGUUCACGAGGGUCACGCUCCCCAAGGGUCGCUACAUCAUCAUCCCCUCCACCUUAAAACCGGAGAUUCUGGGAGAGUUCAUGCUGCGCGUUUAUACUGAUGUAGACUCAGGAUGCAGAGAGCUAACAGAACACAAGCCCAGGAUGAGGUGUUGGAGUGCAUUCACUGGCUACCCCCAUGCUGUGUCCCAGAUCUACAUCCACGCAGCAGAGGGGCUGGAGAACCAGGACAGCACAGGGGGUGCAGAUCCAUAUGUGAUCGUGUCCUGUGAGGGCCGCUCAGUCCGGUCAACAGUUAAGGCAGACACCCUGGACCCGGUGUUUGAGACCAGAGCCAUCUUCUACAGAAAGAAGCCCAGGAAGCCAAUCACUGUGGAGGUGUGGAAUAGUAACGUUGUGAAGGACCAGUUCCUGGGCCAGGUGGUUCUGACAGGCUCAUUAAAAGACUCCACCAAACCCCAGAGGCUCCAGCUGAGGAAGAGAGGCAGAGCCAUGGCCGACGAGAUGCCUGGCUCCAUCACCCUCCGCAUCGUCACCUGCACCGAGCUCACAGACAUGUGACCUGGAUCAGCUGACUACUACCUGGGUCACAUUGACAAUGUAUACAACACUCUGUCACCUCUUCCUUGCGGUAACAAUGCAAGAAGGAAACUUUGGACAGGAGCUUAUCACUACAAGACAUCAUUUGGUUGUCAGAAUGACUAUGAAUGUGAGCUCGGAAUCUUUUAAGGACCGGAGUCAUUUUUUUCUUACUGUUAUUGCAUGACUUUGUGUUUUGUAAAGAGACAAGUUAUGCCUUUUCGAAAGGUGAAUGAAUGUGAAAAAGUCAGCAUGAAGCAAGACAAAAUGCAAUUAUUUUAUACUAAACUAUACACUAUGAAACACAAUAGCCCAUUGAAGUGACACACAUAUUGUAUCUGUACACAAAACGAUGCAACAUAUACAUUUUAAUAACAUGUUUGUUAUCAUAUACAAAUGUAUGUGCCUCUUUUGAUAUUGUUGAGAAACAGACAAAAGGUUUCAGUUUUUGCUACACAAUAUUGUAAAGUCUUGGAUAACCUGAAUGUACAGUAUCUACAGUGUAAGUUUUGGACUAUGGUCAUCAAUUUGUAUCCUUCCACUGAGCAACUUGAAAUGUCUAAAGGGUAUACUGCAUGUGUCUAAACUACCGUACUCGCUUGCUCAAAAUGAUUUGCCAGGUAAUCCCUACUAAAAGAUAAAAGUAAAUCUAUUCAAACCAAAAUGUUAAUUUACAA